AUGCAUGUGCUGCGCAAGCUGGCGGCGUCGCUGGCGGCGGGCCAGUUUUACGAGGCGCACGAGAUGUUCAAGACGGUGUACUACCGGUACCGCACGCGCAAUCAGCACGAGGAGAGCUACCAGCUGUGCCAGGAGGGCGCGCGGCUGCAGCUGCGGCAGGGCCAGCUCAACUGCGGCGUGGAGCUGUGCAUGCUGCUGGUGGAGGCGUACGCCGCAGACGGGGCGGCCCCCAGCGAGGAGGCGGUGGCGCGUGUGGCGGCCCUGAUCGACGCCUUCCCGCGGCAGGGCCGGCCGCCCGCGGAGGACCCGCCGGUGCAGGAGUGCGCCAGCUUUGUGUCGGCGGCCAUCAAGUGGCUGAGAGGGACGGGGGACUGGCUGCACGAGGCGCAGCUGGAGGGGCGGCUGGCGGCGUACGUGACUGCCAGCCUGGGGUGGCAGGGCCUGGGCUUUGCCCUGCCGCACUACGCGCGCGCCGGCGACGCGGCGGCCAUGGCGGCGGCGGUGGCGGCGGCGGCGGCCGAGGGCAGCAGCGAGGAGGAGGAGCUCUUUGUGGCGCGGGCGGCGCUGACGAUGGCGGCGGCCAGGCCGCCGCCCGCGGCGCCCGCCUCGGUGGCCCGCCAGCAGCAGCUGGACGCGGCGCGGCACCUGCUGGGCGGCGCGUAUGCUGCGGCGGCGGGGCACGCCCCUCCCGACACCCCGCUCCUGCACUUUGUGUCGCUGUUUCUGGAGGCGAUGGGCCGCGGCUCCCCCGAUCUGGCGCAGCUGCUGCAGCAGCGCUACCAGCCCAGCAUAGAGCGCGACCCCGCCCUGUGGCAGCUGCUGGACAGGUGCCGCUCCCUGCACCUGCCCGCCGCCGCGGGCGGCGGCAUGGGCGGCAUGGGCGGCAUGCUGUCCGACGUGCUCGGCAUGCUGGCGCAGCCGGCGGGCUGA